GUAGCGUCCGUGUAUUAAUUGAAUUGCCUGCAGGAGAAGUGUCCCGGCCACUCAUCACAAUCUGUGCCCUGACUUUUAAAAGCUUUUUACUUAUUUUCUCCCGUCAUUAUUCAGUCAUUAUUUUUCUUUGUGUAGUGUUAAAAAAAAUGAAUCCGCCCUGUGGAAGAUGCAAAAAGCCAGUUUACCCAACAGAAAAAAUCAACUGCCUUGAUAAGUAUUGGCACAAAGGAUGUUUCAGCUGCGAGGUGUGCAAGAUGGCCCUGAGCAUGAACAACUACAAGGGAUUUGAGAAGAAACCUUACUGCAGUAUGCAUUACCCCAAAACCUCCUUCACUAUUGUGACCGACACCCCCGAGAAUCUGCGUCUGAAGCAACAGACCAUGCUCAAUAGUCAGGCCCUUUACAAGGAGGACUUUGAGAAGAACAAGGGCAGAGGGUUCAGCGUGGUGGUCGACACUCCGGAGAUGCAGCGGUUGAAGAAGACGCAAGACCAGAUCAGUAACAUAAAGUACCAUGAAGAUUUUGAGAAGAGUAAAAUUCGAAGUGACGCACCUCCUCCUGAGAACAGACAAGAUCAACCAUCCCCACCUGAAACUCUCAGGCAGCCAGCUGAACAUUUGCGCCCUGCUGCUGUAGCCCCAUCUAGUGGAGGGAAGCGAUACCAGGCUCUGUACAGCUACGCAGCAGCAGAAGCGGAUGAAGUCUCUUUGCUGGAGGGAGAUCUGAUCCUAGACGUGGAGCCAAUAGACGAGGGAUGGAUGUUCGGUUGUAACCAGCGUACGGGGCAGCGAGGCAUGCUCCCUGCCAACUAUGUACGGCCCGUGUAAAGCAGACAACACACCUCCAGUGGCACGUAUCUGCUUUCACCACUCAAUCAGGCCUCUUCUCGAAAUCAACAAAAAAAAGGGUAUUGAAAUGCUACUUUCUGCCCAUUUCUUGGCUUUUAUCAGCAGUAAUAGUUAUAGGUUCUUCAAGUUGAGCUUUUACUGUAGAGAGGAACAAAGUGGAGUCGCAAGGAUUUUAAAUAUGUAAAUGAGACCCACAAAAGAGGAAGUAGAAACAGAAGAACAAUAUAUAUGUAAAAUAUAUGAAAAUAUGACAGAUUUUCCUUCCAUCUCAGGAAAUACUUACUUUUUAAUGCCCCUCAGACAUACAGUGCAGUAAUCUGUAAUAACCCAUUUGUAACAUCUGCCACAGUUCACUUCAUUAAUGCUUAUUGAAAAAGAGAAACUUUGGUAUAUGAUUUAAAACUUUUUUAAAACCGUUAGGUUGAAUAAAAACAUGUGCAUUUGUGAUUGAAGACUAAAAAUUGUUUUGGGUCAUUCCUGCUUUUGUCUGACAAAAAUGCACCCUUAUUGGAUUCUACUUUACCUUUCAGUGUGUAAAUAAACACCAGAAUAAAAUACAUAUAUAGCAAUCUCUUUAUUCAGAAACACUUUGAACAUAAAUCAUAACAUGAAGUAAAAUGUUACCCAAUUAAACUUUAAAAAAAUAAGGCAAAGACUUUAUUUACAAAUUAGAUUUCCCUAAGUUAAAACAAUUAAACCAGCACCAUGUUUUUUUUAAAUACAGUACAUAAAUCAUUAUUGACAAAAAAACUGAGUAGCUUUGUAAAAACAGUUAUUAAUCUGUAAGACAGGGUGUCAAGCUGGAGAAAAAUGCCACUCUCUUGUCCACUUUGGUCUUCAGUUUUGGUGGCAGCCAGUUAAGUUGCCUCACAAACAGCUGUGGGUUUUUCCCAACAAAGUCUUCACACAAUCUGUAGAGAUGGGUGAAAAAGAAAAGGUUAAUAAAAUAGGAUUUUUAUGGGCAAAAAUAAAGUAUUUUCUUUCUCCUUGA